AUGGCGGGCAAGAGCGGCGACGUGACCGACGAGGAAGACAUGGACGUCGACGUCGGCGCCCAGGCGCGUCUACAGAACGUGACGCUGGGCAUGAAGCAGCAGGCAGACGAACUGUUGCUGUCCAAACAGUUCGACAAGGCGCUGACGCUUUAUCGGGAGCUUCUCAUGCAUCUUACGCGCUCACAAGUGACGCUGCUACAGCAGAGGGACCUCGUGGUCUCCUGCCAUAUGAAUGCUCUAGCGGCGAUGAGUAAGGCUAAGCGGUGGAGCAGCGUCGUGAUGGAGGCGGCGGAGACGAUGAACGUGUUCUCAGAGCUCCAAGAAGCUCAGGGGGCGAAGAAUAUUCCGUCUGCGGAGCAGCACAGGGAGAACGCGAUACUUGCUCGAGCCUAUUACUUCCGAGGCUUUGCCUAUCUGAGGCUAGGAGCGUAUCAGCCUGCACAGCAGGACUUCCGUCGAGCUUUAGAGCUGAAUCCCGAUGACGAAACUAUCCAAAAUGACUACAAGGAGUUGCAGACGGCGUUGCAAGCGGAACAGAGAGUCAAACAGCUCUUAGCCACGUCGAUGAAGCUCUUCCAAGCUGGAAACUACAAAGCAGCGGUGGAAGCGUGUGUCAAUGCGUUAAGGGAGAGCCAGAUGCUUCAGAAGACGGAGCUCACGGGGCUAAUUCAUGGAAAUCUGGCUGCUAUCUACGUGAAGAUGAAGGACGACGCCAAAGCGAUUGAGCAUUAUAAGCGGACCAUGUUGCUGACUCGGUGUGGGGAUAAGCCCACGACUGCACAGAAUGAAAGGGUGUACGAUAUCCUGGACAGUCUGGCAGGAUGCUAUUCGCGCAAGCGGGACUACAGCUCAGCGUUGUCGGUGAUCGAUGACCAGAUUAAGCUGUUACCAUUGUGUCCAGAACGGAAAGAUCGCGAGGCAAUGAUGUAUCUGAACGGUGGUCGCAUUUGCUACACUAUGGGAAGGUACGCACAAGCAGAGGAACAGUUGGAAAAGGGACACAGUGUGGCGCUGAAUGCUUUAAAAACCCAGUUGGACAUUGCGUUAAAUUGCGCAUAUUGGCUAAGCAAGGCCUACACCAAGAACAACGAGGUUGAAAAGGCCAUGGAGACACUUGACGCAUCGAUUUUGGAAGCAGAGAAAGUGGCAAACGAUUUGACCAUUACGGACUUACUGGAAAAAAUGUUAUUGGCACGAUUGGACUUGUUGGACCCAGAAACGAAUGUCUGUGCUACUGAAAGUGACUUGUUCAAAGGCCAACAUCGGGAAUCCCAGCUUUGGCAAAGUCUGGAGUAUUUUGACGGAAAACGGCGGAUUUGUGGUCAUGUUCGGGCGGCAGAAGUGCUUUUUAACUUCCUGAAAGAAAAUGGAGGAGCUGGGGGCGAGGAAGGCCGUUCCAAGAUGCUGCGAGCUGUAGCUCUUACUGAUUGUGUCAAUAUUGGAAAACUGUCAAGUGCUGAUGCUACAGUUUUUAUGAAGCUGGCGCUGGCUAAAGUGGACAUGGCGGCUAAUCAGAGCUCAGCUGAUCGAGGAGAUGUAAAGGAUCUACUGGCGAGAUUGGUACGCGACCUGGAGGUUCCUGGUGGUGCAGACCCUUCUUGCCGGCUGCAGUUGCGAGGCACUGCACUACUCAAGCUGAUGGAUAUUUGCAUCGACGACGAGGAAGACGAUGAGGAAGUCCGAAACUAUCUCGAAGAAGCUGUUGAUGUACUUCACGAAGAAGACGAGACAGCAACAGCACAGCUUGUCGUGUUAUUACCGAAGAUCGGGCGAUGGAGAGCUGCUCGAGGCGAUCUUUCUGGCGCUGCAGAGGCUUUGGAGGAGAGUGUGGAGCUGCUCCGUCAUGCCUCAAAUAGUGACCGCUUGUAUGAGUCGCUUGUCGGGCUCUGUGUGCAAUAG